UGUGUCAUAAGGAGUCCCCACGAGCUCCUCUCUCCUGACUUGAGUUUACACACAGCAGGUUUUCUUUCGUCUCAAAAACUCUCCGCAGGUUUAUAUCCCGAAUCUCUGUGUUUGUCCAACAUGGGUAAAAGGAACAGGAACAGACAAAACAACAAAGAUAGACGACCGGAAGGAAAGAGAAGCAGAGAUGAUGCUGGUUGGGGUGCAGGCUAUGCUGAAAUUAUCAAGGAGAACAAGCUGUUCGAGCAGUACUACCAGGAGCUGAAGAUCGUUCCCGAGGGAGAGUUUGAAGAAUUUAUGGAUGCUAUGAGAGAGCCGCUGCCUGCCACCAUCCGCAUCACUGGCUACAAAAGUCACGCCAAAGAGAUCCUGCACACCUUGAAAGAGAAAUACUUCAAAGAAAUACAGGACCUGGAGAUUGAAGGACAGAAGAUUGAAGCUCCUCAGGCUUUAAGCUGGUACCCAGAUGAAUUGGCUUGGCAUACCAACAUGAGCAGGAAGAUCUUGCGCAAGUCUCCACUUCUGGAGAAGUUCCACCAGUUUUUAGUGAGCGAGACGGAAUCUGGAAAUAUCAGCCGCCAGGAGGCGGUCAGUAUGAUUCCUCCUCUGCUGCUGAAAAUCGAACCUCAUCACAAGAUCUUGGAUAUGUGUGCUGCUCCAGGCUCCAAGACCGCUCAGCUGAUAGAGAUGCUCCAUUCUGAUAUGAAUGUGCCUUUUCCUGAGGGCUUUGUUAUCGCAAACGACGUGGAUAAUAAGCGCUGUUACCUGCUGGUGCACCAGGCGAAGAGGCUGAACAGUCCGUGUAUCAUGGUGGUGAACCACGAUGCUUCCUGCAUCCCACGCCUGCAAGUGGAGAACGACGGAAAGAAGGACGUCCUGUUCUACGACCGAGUGCUGUGUGAUGUCCCCUGCAGCGGAGACGGAACGAUGCGAAAGAACAUUGAUGUUUGGAAGAAGUGGACGACCAGCAACAGCCUCCAGCUCCAUGGCCUACAGUUGAGGAUUGCGGUGCGUGGAGUGGAGCAGCUGGCUGUCGGUGGGCGGAUGGUUUACUCCACCUGCUCUCUGAACCCCAUUGAAGAUGAAGCGGUGAUCGCCUCCCUGCUGGAGAAGAGCGAAGGUGCCCUCGAGCUGGCUGACGCCUCUGCUGACCUGCCGGGACUGAAGUACAUGCCUGGUAUCACAUCCUGGAAGGUGAUGACCAGAGAAGGCCAGUGGUACACCAAUUGGUCUGAAGUUCCGUCGAGUCGUCACACUCAGAUCAGACCUUCCAUGUUCCCUCCCACUGACCCGGAGAAACUGAAGAGCAUGCAGCUGGAGAGAUGUAUGAGGAUUCUACCCCAUCACCAGAACACCGGUGGAUUCUUCGUGGCAGUGCUGGUGAAGAAGGCGCCCAUGCCGUGGAACCGCCGCUAUCCAAAACUUCGGAAUAAAGAGGCCACCAGCACCGCCAGCGAGGAAGCGCAGCCCGAGGAGGGAGAGGCGGAGACGGCAGCCGAGGGAGACGCCGUUCUGGAAAAUACCCCUGAGACCGAGGCCAAGAAGGACGGAGUGUGUGGACCCCCGCCUUCAAAGAAGAUGAAGCUCUUCGGCUUCAAAGAAGAUCCCUUCGUGUUUCUGACUGAGGACGACCCAGUCUUCCCUCCUAUCCAAACGUUCUACGACCUCACUCCAGACUUUCCCAAGCUAAAUGUCUUGACCAGGACACAUGACGGAAAAAAAAGACACUUGUACAUGGUGUCCAAGGAGCUCCGUAACGUCCUGCUUAACAACAGCGAGAGAAUGAAGGUGAUCAACACGGGAGUGAAAGCAUGGUCACGGAAUAAUGAUGGAGAGCAGUUUGGCUGUGCUUUCAGACUGGCACAGGAGGGUAUCUACACUCUGUGUCCUUACAUCAGAGCACGUGUCAUCACCAUUAGCCUGGAGGACGUGAAGGUCCUUUUAACCGAGGAGAAUCCUUUCCUCAGCAGACUGACUGAUGAUGCUCAUGCCCAGGCCAAGAAACUCGAAAUGGGCAGCAUCGUCCUAAGAUAUGAACCCGAUCUGAAUGAUCCCAGCACUCCUCAGUGCCCCAUAGAUCUGUGUGGUUGGAGAGGAAAGACCUCCAUCAGGGCUUUCGUGGCCCGGAACGAGCGUCUUCACUACUUGCGCAUGGUGGGUGUGGAGGUCUUUCGUGACAAGCAGGGCAAGAAGGAUGGAGGUGAGGCAGAAGCUCAGGAUGGAGGUGAGGCAGAAGCUCAGGAUGGAGGUGAGGCAGAAGCUCAGGAUGGAGGUGAGGCAGAAGCUCAGGAUGGAGGUGAGGCAGAAGCUCAGGAUGGAGGUGAAGCAGAAGCUCAGGAAGGAGAAGUAAUAAAGACGACAGAGACAGGCAAAGAAGGAGGACAAGAGGAUGAAGGGAUGCAAAAGGAGAACUCGGACACAGAACAAAACGGAUCCUCAGAAUUCAAAAGUAACGGAGCGGAGGAAGCAAAGACUGUCGGACUGAAGUCGGACUGAACCAAACUGGUGGGGCUGGAGGUUCUAUUCCCAUCACAUCUCCCCUUUUUUUGUACAAGAAACAUGCUGGAAGUCUCUCUGGAACUGAGACCCUGAAGUUCGGUUCUAUUUUUUGUAUCUUUACGUGUAUCUAAUUGGACUGUUAAGAUUUUUCUUUGCCAAUGGAUAAAUGUCAUACAAGCUACAACAGUGACCUAGGCCUGUGUUUGCCAGUGUUUUUAUUUAGUUUUGACCCAAAAUGCAUUUCAUUUAACACCCAUGUAAGUGUUCUAUAGAAUGUAAAUACAACUUUUAAUAAAGGUUUGAAGUGUAA